AUGUUGCAACCAAGGUUGCCUGUACGCACCUUGUGCAGGCAAUGCAAGCUGCCGACUCCCAUUCUGCGGAGAAGCUACGCCCAAAUAAUUGAUUCAAACUCUGCACAACCCGAUCUUUCUGUCCCUCUACCCCAAGACCUUCUGAAUCCUUCCAAAGCCCAGGUUCAACUGCGUCGCUAUGUUCCCCGCACUCCUGGUAUCCGUCAUCUCGUCCGACCCAUGAACGAUCACCUAUGGAGAGGCCGCCCUGUCCACAAACUCACCUUUCCGAAAAAGGGCCAUGCCAAAGGUGGCAGGAACCACACAGGCCACGUUGUGAUGAGACAUAGAGGGGGUGGUCAUAAGAGGCGCAUUCGAACCGUCGACUUCCACAGAAAUGAAGGAGGUAAACACUUCGUCGAACGCAUCGAACACGACCCUGGCCGGAGCGCACAUAUCGCACUAGUGAAAAGUAUGGAGACAGGCAAGCAAACCUAUAUCCUUGCUGCUGAGGGCUUGAGAGCUGGCGACAUGGUGGAGAGCUUCAGAAGUGGACUUCCACAGUCCCUAAUCGACGAAAUGGGAGGACAUCUUGAUCUAGGUUUGCUGGCUUCCAAAACAGCCAACAGGGGCAAUUGCCUCAAACUCAGCAUGAUUCCGGUGGGCACACCCAUCUUCAACAUUGCGCCUACGAAAGAGGAUGGUGGCAAGAUGUGUCGGGGUGCUGGCACGCAUGGUAUCAUCAUUGGAAAAGGUGAAGACACUGUACAAAAAGAGAUGGCCAAAGUGCUCCAGGAUAGUGGCACACUUGACUGGGAAGCCCUCGCACCAGAAAUCCUCAAGAAGUUCGAGACCGCUGCCAACUAUGUGACAGUUCGACUUUCAAGCGGCGAAGUUCGCUUGAUUGAUAAAGAAGCGGUGGCAACCAUUGGAGUCGCAAGCAAUAUCAACUUCAAAUAUACAUCGCUGGGUAAAGCGGGACGAAAGAGGUGGCUAGGUAUUCGACCGACAGUGCGAGGUGUGGCCAUGAACGCCAUGGAUCAUCCGCACGGUGGUGGUCGAGGAAAGUCCAAGAACAACCGAAUUCCUUCUAGUCCUUGGGGUAUUCCAGCGAAAUCCGGCUUCAAAACUAGACCAAAGAACAAAGUCAAUCCUCUGGUCGUUACUCAACGUCCAAGAAAUCAAGGCAAACGAAGGAGAGGGUACAGUUAA